AGACUUCUUCUGGCUCUUUCCAUUUUGAAACAGAGCUCUCCCAAGACAACCCUGAGGGCGUUUAUUCUCGCUCGCGUAUCACGACAGAAGCUGCCGCCUCCCACCCCUGCUCCUCCCCCUUCGCCCUCACCAGCUCCUCCCGGUCGGCGGUCCUCACAGAGCCGCCUCCUGCUCGUCUCCGCGUCCUGGCCAAGACCGAUUCCUGCCCCCCUCUCUCUUUCUUCUUCCCUCUGUGGUUCCGUGAUAAUUCCCGCCAAGCAAGAAAUUGAGUGAACCCACUACUCCUUUGUGUUGUUCUCACUUCUCCUUCAUCCUCCGCAUCAACUGUUCAUUGAAGCUCUGCAAAUUUUCACCCAGUUGUUGGAAGAUAACUAAUCUACUGACCCGUCAAGCUUAGAAACUCAAGACAUGGAGGCGAGCACGACGAACGAGCAAAUUGAUGUAAGGUCCGCUGUUGAAGCCGUUUCCGCUGACGAUGGAGACGCCCCUCUCUACCAGGUCGAGAGCCUCUGCAUGCGCUGCGGCGAGAAUGGAAUAACUAGGUUUUUGCUCACAUUAAUACCUCACUUCAGAAAGGUCUUGCUGUCAGCUUUUGAGUGCCCACAUUGUGGGGAGAGGAAUAAUGAGGUUCAGUUUGCUGGUGAGAUUCAACCCCGAGGAUGCUGCUACCAACUGCAGGUUCCAUCAGGAGAUCAGAAGGUGCUCGAUAGACAAGUUGUGAAAUCAGAGUCCGCCACCAUCAAGAUACCUGAAUUGGAUUUUGAAAUCCCUCCCGAGGCUCAAAGGGGAUCACUUUCUACGGUGGAGGGUAUACUAGUGAGAGCUAUAGAUGGACUUCAAGCUCUUCAAGAUGAACGCAAGAAAGUGGAUCACCAGACAGCUGAAGCAAUAGACAGAUUUUUGGAAAAGCUAAGAGCUUGUGCAACAGGAGUAUCUUCCUUCACUUUUAUCCUGGAUGAUCCAGCCGGAAAUAGCUUCAUUGAAAAUCCAUUUGCCCCAUCCCCUGAUCCAUCAAUGACAAUCAAGUUUUAUGACCGGACACCUGAGCAGCAAGCUUUAUUAGGGUAUCUUGUGGAUCCAUCACAAGCUGGAGAGGGUCAUGGAGUGGACAAUGGUGAAAAUCAAAUAAGAACAGUACCGCAUGGAGCUAUUGGAGCAGCUGCUGGUCAUCGGGCUAUUGCUCAGAGUAACAGUGCAGAGAUUGCUGAUGCACUGUUCCGUUAUUCGGCACCAGAAGAGGUCAUGACUUUCCCGUCAACCUGUGGAGCUUGUGCUGCUAGGUGUGAAACUCGUAUGUAUGUCACCAGAAUACCAUACUUUCAAGAGGUAAUUGUGAUGGCAUCCUCAUGCGAUGCCUGCGGUUAUCGCAAUUCUGAGUUGAAGCCUGGCGGUCCGAUUCCAGAGAAGGGGAAAAGAAUUACCCUCCAUGUCAACAAUAUUAAAGAUCUUACCCGUGAUGUGAUAAAGUCAGAUAGUGCUGGUGUGAAAGUUCCAGAGCUUGACCUCGAGCUGACUAGUGGGACCUUAGGUGGGAUUGUUACCACUGUUGAGGGUUUGAUUACCAAAAUAAGUGAAAGCUUAGAGAGGGUGCAUGGAUUUACUUUCGGUGAUAGUCUUGAUGACCAGAAGAGAGUCAGAUGGCAAGAUUUCCGAUUGAGGCUAACGAAGGUUUUAAGUAUGGAAGAGCCUUGGACACUAAUUCUUGAUGAUCCACUGGCAAAUUCUUUCAUUGCUCCGGCAACUGAUGAUAUCAAAGACGACCAUCAGUUAACUUUCGAGGAGUAUGAAAGAUCUUGGGAGCAGAAUGAGGAGUUGGGUUUAAACGAUAUUAAUACUUCCGCUGCCGACGCUGCAUAUGAAACAACUGGAACUGCAGCAGCAAAUGAGAGAAGGGAUACAUAAACACGAGAGGAGAGAUACAUAAUCACGGCAUGGCUGUUAUAUUAUCUAUGUAAACGUACCUGUUUGCUGGAAAGGAGUAACGGCUGUUUUUGUUCUCUGUUAAUUUUCUGUUGCGGACACAAAAGUAUAAAUUAUGUUUUGUAAACUGAUUUUGUCAAAUUGUCAUCUAGCAAUUUUUGCUCAGUUCUGGGAAUAUUGCACAUAACAUGUGUCUUGCUUGGCA